AUGCCAAAGCCAAAUUCCACUUUUGUGACUGAGUUCCUCUUUGAAGGUUUCUCCAGCUUUGAGUGGCACCAAAGACUUGUCUUCUUUGUUGUCUUUCUAACUUUGUACCUGCUGACUUUCUCUGGAAAUGUGAUUAUUGUGACCAUUAUUCACCUGGACCGUCACCUCCAUACUCCCAUGUACUUCUUCUUGAGCAUGUUAUCCAUCUCUGAGACCUGCUACACUGUGGCCAUCAUUCCCCGUAUGCUUUCUGGCCUCCUGAAUUCUCACCAGCCCAUUGCCACCCAAAACUGUGCCACUCAGCUCUUCUUCUAUCUCACCUUUGGCAUCAACAACUGCUUCCUGCUCACGGCCAUGGGAUAUGAUCGCUAUGUGGCCGUCUGCAACCCCCUACGGUAUUCAGUCAUCAUGGGUAAGAAGACUUGUGUCCAGUUGGCAUCUGGAUCACUGGGAAUUGGCCUGGGCAUGGCCAUUGUCCAAGUAACAUCUGUGUUUGGUCUUCCGUUUUGUGAUGACUUUGUCAUCUCCCACUUCUUCUGUGACGUGAGACCCCUGCUGAAGCUGGCCUGCACAGACACCACUGUCAAUGAGAUCAUCAACUGUAUUGUCAGUGUCUGUGUCCUUGUCCUACCCAUGGGUCUGGUCUUUAUCUCCUAUGUCCUCAUUAUCUCCACCAUCCUUAAGAUUGCUUCAGCUGAGGGUCGGAAGAAGGCCUUUGCCACCUGUGCAUCCCAUCUCACAGUGGUCAUCAUCCACUAUGGUUGUGCCUCCAUCAUCUACCUUAAGCCUAAGUCCCAGGCUUCCCUGGAGCAGGACAGACUCAUCUCAGUGACCUACACCCUCAUCACUCCCCUGCUGAACCCUGUCGUGUACAGCCUGAGGAACAAGGAAGUCAAGGAUGCUCUGCGCAGAGCCAUGGGGCAAAAGCCCCUCUCCCCUUAAUGAAGAGAGGUUGUGAAGGCUUUUUCUCUGAGUUUAUAAAUAU